UUUGUUUGUAUAUUGUGUAAUGAAUGUUAUGAAUCAAAAGAACAAUUGAAUGUACAUUUUCGAUUACAUGCUGAUCAAUCAUUAAAAAAUAAAACAAAUGCCAGCGUACAAAAUAAUGAAAAAGAUACAACAAUACCUUGUGAUGUUUGUAUGCAAGAAUUUAAAACAAUUUCGUUGGCAAUUCAACAUAAAUAUAAAAAACAUCCAGAUGCAAUCAUGAAAUAUUUUUGUAAAUUUUGUGGAAUGCAAUUUCCUUUAAAAACUACACAUGAUAAACAUUUAAGUACACAUAAUAACGAGAAACCAAGAGGAGAAUUUCCAUGUUUAGAUUGUAAUGCAAUGUUUGUAUCCGAAAAUGGACGAAGUUAUCAUAUUAAAUCGGCACAUAAUAGAGUUACAAGCCUUAUAAAACCAGUAAAUACACCGCCGCCUUCAAAAAAAAUUCGAUUAAAUAAUGCAAAUGAAGCACAAUCAGUUUAUUAUUGUUAUUUGUGUGGAGUGCCAUAUAUAAAUAAAUUUAAUUUACAGCGUCAUUUGGAAAAAAAUCAUAGCGAAAUCGAAAGAAACAAUAUUCCAGCAGACAUGCUAAAAUGUACUACUUGUGAUGCAUUAUUCUACACCAAACAAGCUUAUGAUUGCCAUGUAUUCGAUCACAAACCUGACGAUUUAUAUGUAACAAGCGAAGAACAAAGAUUGCAAACUGUGACGCGUGUGGAUCAAGAUUUUGAUAUUCGAAGAGUUCAAUUACCAACUGAAAAAUUUAUUCCAACUACAAAUAAGCCAAAUCGGAAACCAUGUUUACAAACGAAAACAAAUUUGCCAAGACAGCAUAAAAAGGAUGAAAGUGAUGAAGAACUAUCACCAACUUCAGAUGUUGAAUCUAGCAGUGAUGAGGAUGAAUCCCCAAAUCCAACAAUUCCAACAAAAAAUCCACAUAGUGCAAUAAAAUCAAAAAAUGAAAAUUUAAAAAAUGUUGUAGUGAAAAAACGUCUGUAUGCGAUUGUCGAUGCAAAUGGAUUAAUAACACAAACUUGUACAAAUAUUCCAAAAAAUGCUGUUCUAGCAAAAUCAAAUUUAAUCAAAUUAAAAAACAGUGAUAUUUUAAAAACGUUAAAUAAAUCGAAUUCUAGUAAAAUAAACGUUAAAGUAACCAACACCAGCGAACAGAAAACGAAUCAACUUAAACAAAAUGAUAAUCAAAGUGAUAACAGAGUAGUACUAUCAAAAACAAAUAAAAUGAAUACCGAUACGAUUAAUUACGAUUCAUCAAAUAAAAGCAUUGAAGAUGAUCCAUUACCAAUAUAUAAUUUAGAUAAAAUAGCUGAUACUAAACAUAAGAAAUCAAAUAAUUCAAGUGCUGUAGAUUACGAUUUACUUAAUUACGAUUCAUCAAGUAAAGGCAUUGAAGAAGAUUCAUUACGAAUAUUUAAUUUAAAUAAGGUAACUGAUGCUGAUACUACAAAUAAAAAAUUACCAAAUAAUCUAAGUACUGUUGCCAGAAAAAUAUGA